AUGCGUUAUAUCGUUUUUCUUUUUGCACUGUUUGCUUUCGUUUAUUUAGCUGAAUCAACAAUUGUAUAUGAUGCCAACAAUUGUCCAACUUAUCCAAACAUCCGUUGUGCUUUUGUAUGUUUAAAUUCGACAAUACAAGCGAUGUGCAGUAGUGGACCAAAGUGUUGCACAGACAAUAACGAUUGCGAAGACAAUCAAAGAUGUUGCCUACCAAGACCAUGCGGAUGUGCUAAACGCUGUCAAAAUAUAACGAGUUCAUAA